AUAUGGCAGAGAAUGUAUAAUAAUUAUUAAACAUUCUUUGCAUAUGCUGCCCACAGCUGACGAACAUGAAAGUUGUAAAAAAUAUAUCUAUUAUUAAUAAAAUUAAUACACUUAAAACAAUCUAGGCAUUUUUACAAAAUACUUGUACAAACUCAAACCUUUCGUGUUCAAUGACCGAUGCCGUUUCGUACAUCAGUUUUGAGAGUCAGUGGAAUUGAUCCUUCAGCAAGGCUCAGAAAAUUUAUUGGCUUAUCAACAUUUCAUAACUGGUCACCAGGAUCUUCGAUAAUUUGGAAUUCGCAGAUACGGAAAGCUUAUUCUCGUCACAGAAAAAUCGAAAUGGACAAAGUAUAUUUACGAAAUGAUGGUGCAAAUCAAGAUCUUCAUAUCAGUUUUCGAUUUACUGAUGAAGAGAUGCGAGUGGACCGUGAUUUCAAUUUUUGUCGUAAAAUGAACGAAAAUAUAGACGACGCUCUAGCUCGCAUACGCAAUAAUAUAGAAAAAGAAAUAAAUAAAAAGAACAAAAAGGGGAAGAAAAAGUCAACUGACCAAACGCAGGAAGUAGCGAAAUGUAACCUCAAUAUGAUUCCAGUCGAGAUAGUGCGAUCUGACCUCGUUGAGAAAGUCGAAAAUAUGACCUUUGAAAAACUGUUGGCCAAAUGUAGUGAUUUGAAGUUACGUGUAAUGGAUAAAAAUUUCGAAAUUGUGUACAACAUGCCGUGGGUAUUGAGUUUAUCCUUACCCACAUGUAUAUUAGCGGGUUUCAGGGUUUACCCCAGCAAAGUGGAAAUCCAGUUUGCUGAUCGAAAAAACAGUGUUGGGAAUUGGUACAAGGCAAAAAAGCCAUCAAGUGGAGACAUGCUUAGAGGUGCUGACUGGACACACUGCGGCAGUGGCUUUCAUUAUGAUACUGAUAAUAGUGAUAUUGGAUAUUUUUUAAAGUUUCAACUAACACCUGGUAAUGAAGCUGGACAGCUUGGUCCAUCAGUUGAGCAAAUCACGAAAAAUGAAGUACAACCAGGUCCAGGGCAGUGUCCAUUUGAGCUAAGACACUCUUUCACCAAGCAUAGGUUGAGCGGUGACUAUAUUAGAGUGGUUUCUUAUAAUAUUCUCGCCGACCUCUAUGCUGAUAGUGAUUAUACGCGAACCCAUCUUUUCCCUUAUUGCCCACCAUAUGCAUUAAAAAUUGAUUAUCGAAAGCAACUAUAUAUAAAAGAAAUAAUUGGUUACAAUGCGGAUAUCAUUUGCUUACAGGAAGUAGACGUGAAAAUAUUUGAUCUAGAUUUGGUUCCUAUUUUAGAAUCUGACGAAUAUGGUUAUCAAGGAGUGAUUGCUCAAAAGGGUACAUGUGGCGAGGGAGUGGCGAUAUUUUAUCAUAAAUCACGGUUCGAAAUGUAUUGUAAACAUGAACUAAACAUUGGAGAAGGAAUACGCACACUUCCACUGUUUGCCGAUUUAUGGAAAAAGAUUGAAAAUAAUAAAAACCUUGUUGAGCGAAUAUGUGAUAGAUCAACAACAUUACAGGUUUUAAUACUGAAGUGCAAGGAAAAUGGCCGUUAUUUAUUAGUGACAAAUACCCAUCUUUAUUUCCAUCCCGAUGCAGAUCAUAUUAGGCUAUUACAAAUGGGAUUUGCUAUGCUAUAUGUUAAGCACAUAUAUAACGACUUUUUAAAAAAGAUAAAUUUGUCUGAUGAACGAGAGUUGUCAUUAAUCUUUAGCGGCGACUUUAACAGUGUUCCCGAAUGUGGAAUUUAUAAAUUAAUGAUUGAAGGAAACGUGGGAAAGGAUUUUGUUGAUUGGAUAAGUAAUAGGGAAGAGGCAGUGCGCAACGUAACACUUUCACAACCAUUUAAGAUGAAAUCAGCAUGUGGCACUCCCCCGUACACAAACUAUACACAUGCAUUUGCGGCUUGUCUUGAUUACAUAUUCUACCAAAGCGAUCGUCUACAAGUUCAUCAGGUGGUACCCCUGCCAACAGAAGAUGAACUGAAAAGUCAUACAGCUAUACCCUCUGUAGUUUUUCCCUCUGAUCAUGUAGCGUUGGUGGCGGAUUUAAAAUUUAAACCAAUUUAACUAUUUGAAUCCAAUUUAAAGUAUAUUCCUCUAAAAAUAAAGUACAUUUUUUAUUUUCCAAGA